AUGUCUGCCCCAGUUUCACCCCAAAAAAAACGAAGGCUUUCAACUUCGCCGGUUGACGAUCGCCGAACUAACGUCAAUGAAUCCCUUAAAAAGGUUAAACCAGAAAAUCCUACUGGAUCAAGUCUCUCAAUACCGACUGCACAGACUUCAACUUCUAAUAAAGGGAAAGCGAGCAGUAAUGCUCAGACACAAUCCACUCCUUCAUCAACACAACAAUCACAACAGAUUCAACAUCCUAUAAAUGAUUCCACACAAGAUUUAUUGGUUAGAUUAACCAAGAAAGAAGAAGAAAUUCAAAGCUUACUGGGAGAACUUCAAAAUCUUUCACAAACAUUAACACCAGAUUUUACAUUUGAUCAAUCACUUCGAAAAAAAUUUCUUGAUCCAGCAAUUAACCUUUUAUUUCGUACAAUGAAAAAAGAAUUAGAAGAUAAAGAUAAAACAAUUGAAUUCUUACAAAAUGAAUUAGAUGGAGUUGGGUUUACACCAAAUAGGUUGGAAUUGGGGAGACAACUCCGCCAAGGACGUGUAGAGCAAUAUGAAGUUGAAAUAGCUUUACAGAGAAAGAUGAUUUAUGAAUUAAAACAUAGUCUUGAAGAAUCCGAUAAUCAACUUAUAUCUAUGGACAAUGAAAUGGAACGUCUUCAAGACUAUGUAUUCAAGUUAAGAGCAAAAGUUAAACUUUAUGAAGAUAAAUUUGGUUCUUUAGACAAUAAUUCUUCAGUAGAUAUCUCUAAAUCUGACGUUAAUAUGGAUACCGAGUCUACAAAAGUAGAACAAAAACUCGAUAUAUAG